AAAAGCAGCCUGCUGGAAUCCGUUGAGCUGUCCUCCUAGGCUGCGGCGCGAAUUGUUUGAUGUCUUCUGGUCUGAAGAAUCUCCAGCUGCUCUGAUGAUAGCUUAAGAAGACUGCAUGCUGUUUGCUCUCGAUGCCAAGCCAGGCUCGCUCAAAACCUCAGAUCUCAGUCCUUCAUGGAGACCAGGUCCCAGCAGGAAUGGCAGUGCAAGAAAUUGGCACCCAGAUGGUUCCUCCAUGUGAAGCUGUCUCGGGCUCUGGGCUGCCGCGAGAACACCUGUUAACUGGGCUGGCCCUCUGUCAGUCACCCAGGGCAGGGCAGCAUGGUGCGGAUUCAGAGGAGGAAGGUUUUGGCAUCUUGCCUGUGCAUGACAGCUACUGUCUUUCUGCUCGUCACACUCCAGGUCGUGGUUGAGCUAGGAAAAUUUGAAAGGAAGACGUUUAAAAAUUCCAAUUUGCAAGAUGGACGUAAAAAAUUGGAGGAAGAGCCUGAACAUCUCAAUCCAUUCCUUCAGAAAGACGCACUGUCCUUGAUCAGGAAGAGAAAACUGGAAAUCGACAGCUACCCCAUCAUGCUCUGGUGGUCCCCACUGACCGGGGAAACUGGACGGCUGGGCCAGUGUGGAGCAGAUGCCUGUUUCUUCACCAUCAACCGGACUUACUGGCAYCAUCCCAUGACCAAAGCGUUCCUCUUCUAUGGGACUGACUUUAACAUUGAGAGCUUACCUCUGCCUCGGAAAGCCCAUCACGACUGGGCCCUUUUUCAUGAAGAGUCCCCGAAAAACAAUUAUAAGCUCUUUCAUAAACCAGUUAUCACCUUGUUCAAUUACACUGCCACCUUCAGCCGGCAUUCCCACUUGCCACUGACUACCCAAUACCUGGAGGGUGUGGAAGUCCUCAAGUCACUCCGAUACCUGGUUCCUUUGCAGUCCAAAAACAACCUAAGGAAACGCCUUGCUCCACUGGUGUACGUACAGUCAGACUGUGACCCACCGUCGGACAGGGACAGCUAUGUCCGUGAGCUGAUGACCUACAUUGAGGUCGAUUCCUAUGGUGAGUGUCUACGAAACAAAGAUCUCCCUCAGCCGCUGAACAAUCCAGCCUCCAUGGAUGCCGAUGGCUUUUAUAGGAUUAUUGCACAGUAUAAGUUUAUCCUUGCUUUUGAGAAUGCAGUUUGUGAUGACUACAUCACCGAGAAGUUCUGGAGACCACUGAAACUGGGGGUUGUCCCUGUCUAUUACGGAUCCCCCAGCAUUGCAGACUGGCUUCCAAGUAACAGAAGUGCUAUUCUUGUAUCAGAAUUUUCUCACCCCCGAGAACUGGCGAGUUACAUCAGACAACUGGAUCACGAUGACAGAUUGUAUGAGGCCUACAUGGAAUGGAAACUGAAGGGUGAGAUCUCUAAUCAGCGGCUUCUGGCCACUCUCAGGGAACGAAAGUGGGGAGUGCAAGACAUCAAUCAGGACAAUUACAUCGAUGCAUUUGAGUGUAUGGUGUGCAGCAAAGUGUGGGAUAACAUGAGGCUACAGGAAAAGGGUUUACCCCCCAAAAAAUGGAAGGCUGAAGUUACACACCUGAGUUGCCCAGAACCUACCACGUUUGCUUUCUCAUCUCCAGUUCCUCUAGCUCCGCGUAGGAACUCCCUGCGAGAGAUGUGGAUACCAAGCUUCCAGCAGUCCAAGAAAGAAGCCCAGGCACUGAGGUGGCUGGUGGAUAGGAAUCAAAAUUUUUCAACUCAAGAGUUUUGGGGUCUAGUGUUUAAGGAGUAAUUUCCAAAAGUAUCAGAAUAACACAGACUAAAGCCUUUAUGAGGUUUAUUUUCUAGGUUGCCUUAAUGUCUGACUAUAAUAGCUAUUCUGUUGACUAUCCUUUAGGAUAAACAUUAAUUGCUACAGUUCUCAUAAUGAGCCCUAUCAAGUAACAGAUAUGAAUUAUUACCCUUAGGGGUUUGCUUCUGUAUUUUUUAUAGUGAAAAAGUAAAUAUUUUUUUAUGGACAUUGACCAUCUUCAGUUUACAUGUUUGGACCCACAUACUUGCUGCUUUUUGUAAAAAUUCACCUAAGUAGAGUGUUUUCCUUGCUACAGGGGUGCCAGAGUAUCUAGCUGUGGACUUUUGAUAGUCACUCCUCCAUGUAUAUCUUAAACGAUCAGCAACUUACUGGCUUUUGGUAAGCCCAAUGUUUCUAUGCUGAGCAUGAACAUGAAAUGCAUUAGAAUUUGGCAAUAAGAGAUUCCAUCUGUUUGUUUCCAGGCAUGCAAGGGAGUAGGAAAAACUGUGUCAAACUAAUGCACU